AUGCCUGUAGACAACCUCCAAGUCGUGCUCGCUGAGCGCCCCAAGGGUGACAUUAUCCCCGGCCAAACCUUUCACCAGAAGGUGACGCCCGCUCCUACGGAAGCCGACCUCGCAGACGGCGAUGUCCUCGUCGAAGUCCUCUAUCUGUCGCUGGACCCCGCUAUGCGUGGCUGGCUCAAUGACGAGCGCUCAUACCUGCCCCCCGUGCAAAUCGGCGCCGUGAUGCGCGCUACCGGGGCCUGCCGCGUCAUCGCCUCCAAGAACCCCGAGGUCAAGGUCGGCGAGCUCGUCAGCGGCCUGCCCGGCUGGCAGCAGUACGCGGUCCUCAAGGCGGGCUGGUACGAGCCGCAGGCCAACUUCCCGCACCUCAAGGACCCCAAGAACAUCAUCGCCAUGUUCGGCCUGACGGGCAUGACGGCCUGGGUCGGCAUGACGCAGAUUGGCGACCCCAAGCCCGGUGAGCUCGUCGUCGUCUCGGGCGCCGCCGGCGCGACCGGCAGCGUCGCCGGCCAGAUCGCCAAGGCGCGCGGCGCCCGCGUCAUCGGCAUCGCCGGCGGCGACGACAAGUGCAAGUGGCUGGUCGACGAGCUCGGCUUCGACCAGGCGCUCAACUACAAGGACCCCGCGUUCAAGCAGCAGUUUCUCGACGCGACCAAGGAUCACAUCGACGUCUACUUUGACAAUGUCGGCGGCGAGAUCCUCGAGCUCUCGCUGCGCCAGGCCAAGGAGCACGCGCGCUUCGUCAUGUGCGGCGCCAUCAGCCAGUACAACGCGACGCAGCCCGUCGGCCCGCGCAACAUCACGCGCGUCAUCCAGAUGCGCAUCAAGAUGCAGGGCUUCAUCGUCUUUGACCACAAGGCGCAGUACGCCGAGGCGCGCGCCGACCUCGCCAGGCUGCUCGACGAGGGCAAGCUCAAGACGAGCAUCCACCUGCUCAAGGGCGGCCUCAAGGUCGCCGAGCAAGGGCUGGUCGACCUCUACAAGGGCGUCAACACGGGCAAGCUGAUUGUCGAGCUCAAGAACGCCGACGAGAGCCCGGCCAAGCUGUGA